AUGGCGCCGACUCGGACCGUCGGAUCGUCGACGCGCAUUCUCCCGCUAAUCAACGCCGGCCACGUGUCCUCCAUCUGGCACGACAUCCUCCUCAUGCCGCCUCCCCCUUCCGCCAACUCCUUCGCCCCGCGCCACCCCGGUCCGCCCUUCCCCGCCUGCACCUUCUCCUUCGUCUGCCGCGCGGCCGCCAAGUCCCCUUCCGCCGCCGAUCGCGGCGGGAGCCAGAAGCUUCGGCGCCGGGACGACCCUCUAUUUUUGCGGGAGAAGCGGGUGAUCGUUUUGGGCCUAGACGGCAGUCGUAUUAAAGUGCAGACCGAUCUCGAGUCGGAGACGUCGUCGCCGUCGCCGUCGCCGUCGCCGUCGCAAUCGUCGUCGUCGUCGUCGUCGGCGUCGUCAUGGGCGUCGUCGUCGGCGUCGUCGCCUGCGGGGCUCCUAGCGGCGUCACCGUGGAAUCUGGGCAUACUUCCGCAGACGUGCGUGCUCGCGUCGCGAUCCAUGUCGAUGUUCUCCCGCUGGGAUGCCGCGAACAACAAUGGUGAUUCUGCCAGUGGCGGUUCGGACGGUCGCAAGGAUGAGCCGUCGCCGCCGCCGGUUAACGCCGAGCGCGCCGCAGAUUCGCUCUUAACGGCGUGCGACAACGUGCCGCUGGAGGCGCUCGAGAUUGGGUCGCAAGCGCGCGACCCUGGCGACGCGUACGAAGUUUUCCCGCUGCUGGCGAUUCCUCUGCGACUGCAGGGAUCUGGGCGAAACAGCAUGCCGAUUUCGUGGAGGAUUGUAACCAUCGCAGCGGACGACGAGUUGGUAACCAGCGAGAAACUGAAACAUUCCCUGGGCGAUCUGUUGGAUCGCGUUCGCGAGUGGGCGACAAAAUCGGAAUCCUUUGGCGAAAUUGCGGCACCAGGUCGCUCCCCCAAUCCCUUCUUCGGCGCUUCUCACUCGCUUGCGGAAGAAGCGGAAGGAGAGGCGGAAGGAAAUCAAUCCGGACUUGAAGACUCCAGAGCUAAAGGCCAGGAGAAGAAAGCACGGGGUGGCGUAAUCGUAGGAGGAACCCUGACACGCAUCUCACGAAUGGACGGUCGAGAUUCGAUGAUCGGACGCGUGGCGCUAGGAGCGGAGAAUCUGGAGGAAGAAUGGGGGAUGUCUGCGAGGGAAUCAGAGGAGGCGGAGCGGGCGGAGCAGGCAGCAAGGCAAGCGAGGGAAGCGGAGCAGGCGGAGCAAGCAAAGGAGGCGGAGCAGACGGUGCUGCAUGCUCACAGCACCCAGAGCGUGGACUUUGCUGCUAUGAUGAAGAAGAACGGUGAGUGGCUUCAGAACCCCGAGUCUGCUGGCCGGCGUGCUGUCUCUGCUGCUAAGGUUGCAGCGGCGGCAGCGGCGGCAGCAGCAGGAUCUGUGAAGUCUCAGGUCGUUACGGGAGUGACGGCGGCAGCAGCAGCGACUUUUGAGACGUCGCAAAAGGCCGCAGAAUCUGUGAAGCUGCAAGUUUCCUCUCUCCUCAGCCAGCGCAAUGGUCCUGUUCUGACUCUCAAGCCAAAUCUUCCUCCUCUAUCCCCUCCUGUCACCAACCCAUCUCGACCUCCUCCCCUCACUCCCUCAUCUCAAUCCCCUCGCCCCACUCCCUCACCUCGACCCCCUCCUAUCACUACCGCGUCUCGAUCCCCGCCUCUCACUCCCUCCUCUCAAUCCCCCCGUCUCGCUUCCUCAUCUCCAACCCCUCCUCUCAGUCCCUCUUCUCGAAAACCCCCUCCUAUCACUACCCCAUCUCGAUCCCCUUCUCACACUCCCUCAUCUCAAACCCCUCCUCUCGCUCCCCUAUCUAGAUCUCCACCUCUCACUCCCUCAUCUCAAUCCCCUCGUCUCUCCUCAUCUCGCCCCCCUCCUAUCACUCCCUCAUCUCGAUCCCCUCCUCACACCCCCUCAUCUCGAUCCCCCGGUCUCACUUUAUCUUCCCGCCCUCCUCCUCUCAGUCCCUCUUCUCGGUCCCCGCCACUUGCUCCCUCGCCCCGAUCCCCUCGUCCCACUCCCCCAUCUCGAUCCCCCCCUCUCAGUCCCCCAUCUCAAUCCCCCCCGUCGCACUUCCUCAUCUCGUCCCCUUCCUCUCACUACUUCGUCUCGGUCCCCUCCUCUAACUCCCUCGUCUCAAUCCCCUCCUCUCACUCCCUCAUCUCUAUCCCCUCCUCUCACUCCCUCUCACUCCUCCACCGCCUCUCCAUCCCCCUCUGCUCCCCGCUCCAGCCUAAAAUCACCUCGUAG